AUUCGAAGACUGCAUUGCAAUGCUGCACGUUUCGCGCAGUAAGGGUCAGGUGCUUGACGUGCACGAAAUUAACGGACUGCGCCGUAAGGUUUGCCUCAGAAAUCAUACUGACCCAAGCAGGGUCUGCAUGGGAAGUGUGAGGAUUCAUCUGUUAUUGCAGUGCCAAAUUUAUUCCAGAAAAUGUUUUGAGAUAAAAAAGGUUCCAUGAGAAAUUCCUGCUCUUGAGUUUAUCUUGGUAGUUGCCACCAAUGGAAAGUCCUGUUGCCAGCAGCAAACUCACUAAGGAAUUCCUAAGGAAGGCAAAGAGUGCCGCCUAUGUGCUCUACAGAUGUUGGUCAGUUGAAUAGCUGUGAUACAUGAUUCAUUGCUACAAUCAAAUGGUAAUUCAAACUAGCACUGUCUCAGCUGAUAACAGCCCCACAGUGAAAAGCAGGCAGGAAAUCCAAAUUCCCCUCAUCUGCAGAAUUACUGUGUGAGAUGUGAACUUAUCAAUUUGUCUUCCAAAGAAUGUAGGACAGCACUCACUGGUUCCUGGUAAUGAAUAUUUGUAAAAGUCGGCAUGCUUUUAUAAGCAUUUGAUUAUGUAAAUAAGGUUUUGGGCAUGCAUAUCUUCUGUGAACCAAAAAGACACCACUUUCCUGCAUCAAAAUAUUUUGGGUGUUUUACUAUAUGAAAAAUUUAUGAAAAUUGCAGAUUUUAGUUGGGGAAAUAUCCACUUUAUAAGGGUUUAUAGUAAUUUCUUCAAAAGUGUAUUCUUUGAUAUUGAUAUAAAUAAGGUGUACUUCGAAAAUAAAAUUCUGCUGCUGAUUUGAUACUGAUUCUGCACUUUGAAUUUUGAAUUUCAUGAUGUGGAUAUUUUAAAAGCGGUAUGAUGCUCUCAAGUUCAUUUAACCUUUGAAUUCCCUGGAUGACAUUGUAUGGGCCUCUAGUGUGCUACUAAAGGCACUACCCAGGGGCCCCCUUUUCUAUUAAGCAUCCCAUAUUUAUGUGGCAAUAUUCCAUUAUCACCUGCAUUUGGUGUUUAUGUUUCUCGACAGAUUCAAUACGCGAGAGCAUGUACUGCGUGUGAUCAGUUUUUAAAUUGAGGCAAGCUACUGACAAAUAAGGUUUCAAUAGUGUCAGUAUUUUGCAAAUUCUGUGGUUGUUAAAAUGAUCUAAUUUGUAAAUACAAACUGUCACUUAAGGUUGACUGCUGUCUUAUGCAUUUCAUACUAAUUGUUAGGCCAUUCUUUAUAUACUGAUCUGAUUAAGGUAUAGGGCUCAUGGCAGGACUGUAACUGGUCAACAGGAGAUGCUUACUCCUCCUUAAAGCACCUGGUCCAAUGUCUGAUAUGCCCUGGGGUCUGUGCAUGCCAUACUUUCAGUUUUAUAAUCUUUCUGGGAUUGGUCACUGUUCAAUGUCUUUGUCUUUUCAUUUCAUAUUUGAGGAACUUGACCAAUUAUUGACCACCUUGGUGUCAUGUUUCAAAUAUUUUCCAGAUUGCAGAGUGGAAAGACCACUUUUUUAAAGGAUAUUUAUGACAUGAUUUUUAAAAGAAAAUAAAUGGUGAAUGGGUAUAUAUUCGUACCGUAAACCGACUUUUAUUUGUGAUGACUUUUUUUGUGAUUUCUCAGUGAUAAAAUGGUUCGCGGUGACUAAUUUUUGUGACGGAAAUAAUCUUUAACAGUACAUGAGACAUUUAUAAUAAAGGAUUGGUUCAUGGUGACGAAGUUCUCAUGAACCUUGUGAAAAUUUAUCGCAAACAAAGAACAGUUGGUUUACAGUAUGUGAUUAGUGUUGUCUACAUAGUUUAAGAUUGCUGUCUGCUGAGUCUCUCAUUUAAUUUGUCAUAUUUAUUGUUAUUACAGUAUUAAAUUUAUCUUGGCUAUUGUAUAAUUGUAUCAAUUUGUUUAUAACAGGUUUAUUUUUAGCAAAAUUUGGCAUAUGAGAUGGUGGGUGAUGUCCAGGCAUCAACCUUUCACUUUCAAACUACCAUUUAAAUUUUACAUGAUCAGUCUUCAUGAUUAUGUAAGAGUUGGGGCUAUCGGGGAUGUGGACCAUAAGCCCCGUUCACAUGCGCUGAUUUACUCAUGGAGUGCAAAUUUUGCAUAUAUGCAAAAAUUGCACCCAUGUGUAAAAGUAUAUUUGCUAAGCUUUCACAUGGUACUUAACAAAUUAGGGUCAAAUGGCAAUGAUUCUCGAAGUUUGAUAAAGAUGGCGGAUUAUUUUCAAUUGAGAAGGAGGAUUUUCCCUUACUGUGUAGGCUUCGGUGACAAAUUUGAUUGAUCAAGAUAUGUCUACGACACUCCAUGCAAUAUGUUUGCAGAAAUACGGUGUAUUUUAUGAGGAAACCGAUCUCAUACUCGGUGAUACUGCGUUUGCUCCUCUUCGGAGCCGAGCCGUCGUGAUCCACAGUGACGAUUCCUCGUGUGUAACGUUGUAUGCGUUCACAUGACGAAAAAUACACUAGGAGUAAAUAUACACAUAUGCAAAAGUAAAUUUGCAUCUGGUCUGAGUAGGUGCAGAUUUACACCCGGGUGUAUAUUUGCACAUAUGUAUAUUUACUUUUGCAUAUAUGCAAUUGCAUUCACAUGCUCAAAUUUACACCCGGGUGUAGAUUUUGCAUAUAUGCAGAAUUUGCAUACCGUGAGUAAAUCGGCAUGUGAACGGGGCUUAAAGCUGCCUAGAUGGCUCAGUGGUAAUUUAGCACCUUACUAGUAAUGCAGGGGUCCUGGGUUUGAAUCAUGGUCCAGUCAAAAAUUUUCUCCUUUCAUAUAUUACAUUUGGUGACCACCCCUAGAUUUCUGGUGAAAGUCCUGCUAGGGGGCGAAAAGAAUCUUGGUUAUUUGUCUUUGAGGACAAAGACAAUUUAAAACAGGAGGAAAGUGUAGAAGUUAGGGUGUAUAUGUGGACUGUUAUUAUCGGCUUGGAUAGCUCAGUUGUUGGAGCACCUGACUUAAUGCAGGGGUCCUGGGUUCAAUUCCUGUUCCUCUACUGCAAUUAGGUUAGGGGUGCAGAGUUCUACAUACUAGGUUAGGGGUGCAGAGUUCUACAUACUAGGAAAAUACAGGAAAAGUCUUUCAAAAUCAAGAAGGCUACAAUUUGGCUAAUGUAAUGCUCAAUAUCACAACAAAAAUGAAAGUCACUGUAAUAUUCAAGCUUUUAUGUGUAUGAUAAUUGAAUAACAGUAAUUUUCUGUAGAAAUGUUUGAAAACCUUCUUUUCAAUACCGUCAAAAACCACUUUUUGUGAAAGAAUAUGCAAGCGUAUGAGUGCAAAACAUACAGUUGUUAAGUAAUGGGUCCCCUCAUUGUAUGAGGUAGGCCAUACUCCAUCAUCUUUUGAUGGCAAAUUUAAACAACAUGGCAUCCAGAACAUCAUUUUUAAAAUUUGUAGUUUUUAUUAUUAUAUAUACAUUUGUAUUUACAUACUAAAAGUUUUAUUCUUCCACAAAACACUCUAAAUUUGUUAUUGACUGGAAACCUAAUCAGCAAUAAUAUAUAAUCAAGGUAAUUCAGGUGAGUUUUGUUGCCUAUGAGACACUUAAAUGCUCAACUUGGGAGAAAAUGAUAAGACAUCCAUAUUGACUGAAAUUUGAUUUAUCGAUGGGUCCACUGUCAAUUAAACACUUAUUCUUUGACAGAUUUGAAAAUUACCACAACUAUCUAUAGAGCAAUUGAAAAUUGCCUUACUGUCAAUGUUGGUAUUACUGUAUAAAGUGAAAUAGGAACUCCACACAAUGACUGGCAUUUAGGUCUGGAAGAUAAAGUGAAAAACUGGGAAGUGAGAAGGCUUAUACAGUGACCAGAUUGGACUAAUGGACAGAAUUUUACACAUGUCAGGAGGCUAUGCUUGGCUGAAGCUCUAGAGUCAAGUCAGCUUGAUGCCAAUUUUUGUAAACAUUUGGUGGUGAUAUUCAGUCUGCAGAGUUGAAAGGGAGAUUCUGAGACAGUGAAGGUUUUUUAUGGAACUGAAUAUUUCUCAGACAUUGUCCAGAGCAUAACAUUUUUCACCAGUGAAAGUCUGUAAAAAAUGGCUGGGCAUGAGCGGUGUCAUUCAUACCCUACUGAUUUCGCGCAUGGACGGAGAGAUGACAGAUAAUUGUUUUAUCAACUUGUGUGCGAUAUUCUUUUUUGUGAUUGGUAUCAGCUUUUAAAAAAAUAUUUUUGAACAGUUUACAAUUAAUGAUUUCUUGAAUUCCCAUAAAAUCUGGAGUAUACAAGAUAAAACAAGUGAUUUUGUGAUGUUCAGAAUGGAUAUUGCAACUCAAAUGUCUCAAGAUUCGGUGAAGAGCUGGAGGUACAUGGCAUCAGUUUUUCUUCUCCUCUUACUUACUUACAAAGUGUCAAGCCAAAUCCACAAAGACCUGGCGAAGUCUGGAGGCGACAAUGUGGGCGAUGACUCUUACUACUACAAUAGCCGUCCUAUGACAGACAGUCAACAACAGGAACUGUUUGAUGAUGGAGGAAAAGCCCAGUUAAAUCUGGACUUUGCAAUGAAAAACAUCACCAAAUACAAGGGAGAGCAUGUUCGGAUUCGCUGCGAAAUUUCGGGAAAUCCAUUACCACGCUACAAGUGGUUUAAAGAUGAUGUACCUAUCAGAGAAAAUGAGGACCGAAUCAACAGUAAACUCACUCCUUGGGGAGCACGGUUGAAAAUAGAGAGUGCUGAUGUGUUUGACAGUGGCUGGUAUAUGUGUAAAGCCUCCAACAAUGCUGGAGAAGUCAACACUACGGGUUAUAUACUGAUCAAGAACGAGUACCCUCCGAAAACCAAGAAUUCUGGUAACAAAGGCAAUAAUCAGCCAGAUAUCCGUGACGACACAGACACCUUUUCUGGGAAAUACAAUCCAGAUGUAUACAAGACUUAUGUGGCAGAAGACAAAAAGUCCCAGGAGAGAGGAGAUGGGUUCUGUCAGGCUUUCAGAGGAAACACCUGUGCAAAGUUCUUUGGGAAUCAGAGCAUCUAUGUAACAUCUGAAUAUUCACAAGGACUCAAAGAAAAUAGCUUUAUCAGUGGCUUUACCAUAAUUGCUUCCUCUAGUGAGAUGUCUACCACUUGUCACCAGUAUGCCAUUCCAUUCCUAUGUUACUUCACUUUUCCACUGUGUGACCACUCCACAGAAGAACCACGUCCACGACAGGUGUGUCGCGACGAGUGUGAGGAGCUGGAACAGAACGUCUGCCAAAAGGAAUACAAAUUGGGCAUGAACCAUCCUGAUAUUGGUAAACGGUUCCUUCCUGUUUGUAAAGACCUUCCCCCUGUUGGAACCCCUGAGGGAAAUAACUGUGUGCGGAUUGGAGUGCCAUCUCGCACAAAAUCAGUGUGGUAUGGACAAAAUGAGGAUACGCGAAUCAGUGGCGGAUAUGAUAUCCCAGAGCACAGUUGUUAUACAGGAAGGGGAGAGAACUACCGAGGAACCCACCACAGAACCAUUACAGGGAAAACCUGUGUCAAAUGGCAAAACAACCCCAAAUUCCCAGACCAUCAAUCACUGGGAAACCAUAACCUGUGUAGGAACCCUAACGAAGACCCCAAAGGUCCCUGGUGUUAUGUUGACCAUCACUUCAAGAAGAAUGAGACAUGUCAAGUUCCUCGAUGCACCACUGGAGCUGAGCCUGUCAACAAAUUGAUGUACAUCCUGGUACCUGGAAUAAUUGUUCCUCUAGCUUUGAUCAUCCUCAUUGCUGUGGUGUGUUUGUGUCAGAAAAAGAAUGAAAAGGGGGCUAAUAGUAAGGGCACUAAUUCCUCCCAGAAUUCCACAGUGGAAACAGUGCCGCUCACUGGAAAAACCACAGCAUGCAGGAUUAGAGAAUUCCCUUUGUCUUCUAUUCGAUUCCUGCAAGAACUGGGUGAAGGAGCAUUUGGAAAAGUGUAUAAAGGUGAAGUGAUGGGAUUAUAUGCAGAUAGUACUGUGUCAAAAGUGGCCAUUAAAACUUUGAAGGAAAAUGCAAUGCCAAAAGUUAAGAAUGACUUUAGGAGGGAAGUGGACCUUAUGACUGAACUGCGCCACCCAAACAUUGUGUGUCUGUUGGGAGUCUCAAUGAAACAAGAACCAAUGUGCAUGUUAUUUGAGUUCAUGCCUUUUGGCGAUUUACACGAGUAUCUGCUCACUCACUCACCGAAUUCUGACAUGUCUAGUGUGGAUGAUGAAAGUGGAAAGAAGAUAAUUCUAGAAUAUCCAGAAAUGUUGUUUAUUUCCAUUCAGGUUGCAGCAGGAAUGGAAUAUCUUGCGAGUCACCAUUUUGUUCACCGAGAUCUGGCAGCUAGGAAUAUAUUGGUGGGAGAUAAUUUGUCGGUAAAGAUUUCAGACUUUGGUCUAUCCAGAGACAUAUACUCCUCAGACUACUAUCGUGUACAGAGUAAAUCCUUGUUACCUGUGAGAUGGAUGCCUUUGGAGGCUAUCCUGUAUGGAAAAUUCACCACAGAAAGUGAUGUCUGGUCGUAUGGAGUGGUGCUAUGGGAAAUAUUUAGUUACGGACUUCAGCCUUACUACGGUUACACAAAUCAAGAAGUGAUAGAUGUUGUCAGAUCUCGUCAAAUCCUACCAAAUCCCGAGGAUUGUCCCCCACGAAUGUAUGGUCUCAUGGUGGAGUGCUGGCAUGAGAACCCUACACGGAGGCCAACCUUUAGAGAAAUUCAUGCUCGCUUGCGUGCUUGGAAAACUGAGGUGCUCAUGCAGAAUCCACACUGGAGCCUGAGUCAGAGUCACUCAGCACACAGUGGUAGUACGCACCAGAGCUCACAGAGUGGACCGAGUCAUCACAGUAGUACUGGUCCCAGCAACACAACAGCAUUGACAGGCCUAACAGGAAGCAGUGGAGGAUCCGAGACCCCUGGCCAACACCCACAGGUCCAAGUGGUGGAUCCACGUUACACAGACUUACCAAGAGUGCAUUACACUCCAGCUCAAGCUGGCCCCCACCCAUCCCAAAUGAUGCAGUCCCCCCCUGUCCCACACAAUUACCCCAUGAUGGCACAUCCUCAAAUGGGUAACCAUCAGAAAUUACAACAACAGCCCCUGUACCCAGUGGUGGGUCUGAAUGGCCCUCAGAAAAUUUCUCCAGCAGAAUCUGUAGCUUCCAGUCAUAAGUCAUCUACUAGCUCUGCAUCGCAGGACUCAACUGCAAACUACAAAAUAGGUGGCCCCGCCACUAUUCCCCACACACAGAUGGGGGGAGUGAACACUGUGCCUAAUGGGGUGGCUGUGUCCAACGGACCAUCAGACUGUCAGAGAUUCAAUAACUUGAUGGCACAAAAUGUGUACAUUCCUGACCAGAGGACAGUCGAGUAUCACGAGUGAAGAUGAAGGCAUUUUGUGGUGUAACCUUCUUAGCACAGUUAUACUCAAUAAAUCAAAAUAUAUCGUAGGUAUUAUUUAGAGAUGAACAGUGAUCAAGAGUUCAAAUCAAUCACAGUUCAAAAGUGCACCAACUUCUGCAGAUGUGGAUAUUUUCAUUUGCAUGUGGACAUAUGAACUCGGAAACUCUAAAUUAUGACUGAAGUUAUUUUUCUUUUAUUGCCAGACACACGAUUGUUUAGGAGCAUCAUUGAAUUUUUUAUCAGUUGAUGCAUCUAAUCUACCUGUAUGAUGCUUGUUUCAUACCUGACAUUAUAUAUAUUUUAGUGUCAUUGUAGUGUCUUGUUCAGUAUUGUUUAUAAAACAAUGUGUAUUUGUGUAUGUUUGAAUGUUUCUCUAUAGAUAUACCAAAGCAAAUAAUUUUCUAGUCAAUGCCUUGAAAUGUUGAGGCGACCUGCAUAAUUUUACCACUGACAAAUUUAUAAUGAAUGUGUAUUGCUUGUUCAUGCAAGUCCUGUAUCUGUUGUAUUUUUUGCUCUUAGCAUUAAGUGAAUUUUGAUGAAGGCUCCAAAACACAGAUUAGUUCUACCACCUCCAGUAGUUUACGUUUCCUACUAUGUAUAUGAACGAUUUCAUUUUUACUUGGAAAUUCUAUAAAUUAAAGGAAACCUUUUUCUGAUUCAUCAGAGUGACUAAUGUCUGAACCAGUGUGAUUGCAUUUAGAAGUAUGAAUUUUAAAGACCAAAUUUCAUAAUUGCGGCAGAAACACUUAAAAGUCUCCAUUUCUUGUCAUAACAUCAAUAUUUCUAUUUAAUUAAUUUGUCAAAAAUGAGAUGCAAAACCGAAUCAAAUUAUACAAUAUGAGCUUCUGUGGUCAUAUAGAUUCAUACAACGCAAUCUGUGCAAUAGGAGUCCAUGAUCAAAUAAGUGGAAUUGACCAAUAUAUCAUGGCUGAUCUUGUGAUCUUCAUCUGUUGGGCCAUCAUCUAAAUUUCCAUUAGUUUAAAUCUGUUGCCAAUGUAAACCUUUCAGCUUCACACUUUUUGUAUUGUUGAAAACUUGUUAAUGAAUCUGUGUUUGAGAUCCAAUGAAAUGAGGCGUGUAUAUUUGUUAGUGACUGAGAGUUAUGAUGGAGUGAGAGAGUAGAAGGAGUAUGAGAGAGAGAAAAGAAACGAACAUGACAACAGUAUGGGUAUUUUCACAUUGGUGCUUCUGUUAGUGUAUAAUCAUAGAUCACAAAAACUUCUUCUAGGCAAUGAUUAUUAGAGAUCUGUUGUGGAAAAAAACCAGUAUCCGUCCAUAUCAGGAUUUUUCAUUCACAAAGGGAUAAAUUAGAUGAAAGUUUAUUUAUUUCUAAUAUUGUUAAUCCAUGGGUACUGAUUUUCUGAAAAGUUCUGUAGUGUGCAGUAUGAUUCUGUUGAAAUCCUUCAGAGCUUUGCUCAAUAAAUCCAAAUACAGUACUGGAAAACACCAUCAACAGACUUCCAUUCUUUACAAUUUUGGUCAGUUUUUUCCCCCUCUUAUUAUGUUUCCCUUAUAAAACAUUGGUCAUAACUUUUUGAACUAUUCAAGAUAGACUUCAUUCUUAGUGAACUAAAAGGCCAAGAUCAAAGCUGUGUUGUGUGGCUACUCAAGGUCAUUCAUCAAGGUCAUACUCGCUACAAAUGAAUGUGGCCAAGCUUGGGGUCUUAGUGUUUCACUGAUGCAUCUCGUUUUUUCAUAUUGCUGAAUUUUAAGUAGAAGUUUGUAUAUUUUGAUAAAAAGCAAAAAUCUAGACAACAGAAUAAGAAAUAUUUAUAGAAACUGGUUACAAGUAGCAUGCAGUUAGAGUUACCUCCCAUUACACCAAUCAUUGGUAAUCUUGGUUAUUGUACCAUGUUUUGUGUUUAUGAAUUGUAACUUUAAAUUUAUCUUUUUGUAUGCAACACAUGUUUUCCUUUGUAAAUUUCAUAGUUUAAAACUUUACACAUGAAAAUGUUAAAAUCGAUCACCAGACAAUCAUCGGUAUUAUACCAAAUGCUACUACUCUUCGAGUUUUCAUGACCGAGAUGUAAAUUAUGUUGUGUAUCCAUAGUUUAUAUUUGAAAAAAAUGCAACAUACACUCAUAAUUCUGUAUUGAUUUUUUUUAAUGGUGCAUUUUGUUAUUGCUUUUGUAAGCUUCUCAUAGACAACUAGACCAGAUAGAUGCUACAUCCAUCAUUAUGUAUGAUAUUGUGUAUAUAGAGAAGUCGCCCGGCAGGUCAGCUGAUCUAGGUGCUGCUGUAUGUAAGCUUCUGUGGGUAGAGUAGCUGAAAAAAUUUCAGUUUAACAUUUCAUUUCAAAAUCAUCCCAAGCUGCCGCAUAAUGAGUGGUAUUGUAUGCAAGAUUUCAUUUUCACAGCCAAAUAAAAUUGUUUGAUAAUCUCA